AAUGGCAGCUGGCCCAACUCUACCACAAGAGAGAGUGACCUCCCGAGGGAGAACUACACCUUCUUGGCAUACUACCAGCAUUCCUCCCCCGUGGCUGCUAUGUUCAUCCUGGCCUAUACCUUCAUCUUCCUCAUGUGCGUGAUCGGCAACAUCCUGGUGUGCUUCAUCGUGGUGAAGAACCGCCAGAUGCGGACGGUCACCAACAUGUUCAUACUCAAUUUAGCCAUCAGUGACCUGCUGGUGGGCAUUUUCUGCAUGCCCACCACCUUGGUGGACAACCUCAUCACGGGCUGGCCCUUUGACAACACCAUGUGCAAAAUGAGUGGCCUGGUGCAGGGCAUGUCCGUCUCUGCCUCUGUUUUCACGCUGGUGGCCAUCGCUGUGGAGAGGUUUCGCUGCAUCGUCCACCCCUUCCGGCAGAAGCUGACGCUGAGGAAAGCCCUGGUGACAAUUGCCAUCAUCUGGGUGCUGGCCCUGCUCAUCAUGUGCCCCGCUGCCAUUACCCUGACUGUCACCAGGGAGGAGCACCACUUCAUGGUGGACACCUACAAUAAUUCUUACCCCCUCUACUCCUGUUGGGAGGCCUGGCCUGAGACAGGGAUGAGAAGGAUCUAUACCACUGUCCUCUUCUCCCACAUCUACGUGGCCCCACUUGCCCUUAUCGUCGUCAUGUAUGCCCGCAUUGCCUUCAAGCUCUUCAAGUCGGUGGCACCUGCCCAUGGCCAAGAGGAGCCAGAGGGGAGGAAGGUCUCCCGGCGGAAGGCCAAGGUCAUCAACAUGCUAAUCAUUGUUGCCCUCUUCUUCACCCUCUCCUGGCUGCCCCUCUGGACGCUGAUGCUGCUGACGGACUAUGGCCAGCUAAGCGAGGGCCAGCUCCGCCUGGUCACCGUCUAUGUCUUCCCCUUCGCCCACUGGCUGGCCUUCUUCAACAGCAGCGCCAACCCCAUCAUCUAUGGCUACUUCAAUGAGAAUUUCCGACGGGGCUUCCAGGAGGCCUUCAGAGCCCCCAUCUGUUCACCCCACUGCCAUCACCGUCGCCACCAGGGGCCCUACACCCCCAGGAGCCACAGGAUCUUCUUUGGUGCCCGCAACCGUGUCCUCACCCAUGCAGGGGCCAGCGAUUCACCACCCGCCUCUGAGUCGGGGCCAUUGGCACCAUGCCGCACCGGUGUCCAUGCAUGGGACAGCUGA